UUUUGCCCAGAUCUGAAGCCUCAGCUCUUGCCAACGAGACCCCAGACCCAUGGCCCUCCGUGCCCUUCAGGAGGAACAGGUCAGACUAAAGAUGAGGCUGCAGGAGCUGAAGCAGCUCAAACAGGAGCUAAGGGACUCCCCCCAAGACAAGGUCCCAUUCCCAAUGCCUGAGGUCCCCCUGGUGUUCCGCGGACACACUCAGCAGGGCAGGGAAGUGCCCAAGUCCUUGGUUUCCAACCUACGGAUCCACUACCCUCUGCCUGGAGGCUCUGCUCUGGUCACCUUUGAUGACCCCAAGGUGGCCCAGCAGUUGCUACAACAAAAGGAGCAUAAGAUCCUCAUGGAAGAGUGCUGGCUGCCGGUGCAGGUCCAGCCCUUGGAGCUGCCCAUGGUGACCACCAUCCAGGUGUCCAGCCAGAUGAGUGACCGGAAAGUACUGGUCAGCGGGUUUCCUGCCAGUCUCAGGCUGAGUGAGGAGGAGCUGCUAGACAAGCUGGAGAUCUUCUUUGGCAAGACCAGGAAUGGGGGUGGUGAUGUGGAGACUCGGGAACUGCUGCAAGGGGGUGUCAUGCUGGGCUUUGCCAGGGAUGGAGUGGCCCAGCGCCUGUGCCAGAUUGGCAAGUUCACAGUGCCACUGGGUCGGCAGCAGUGCCCUCUGAGAGUCUCUCCCUACAUGAGCGGGGAGAUCCAGAAGGCCGAGAUCACGUACCGGCCAGUGAUCCAGUCAGUGCUGGUGCUCAACAUUCCUAACGUCCUGGACCCCCCGGAGCUGCAUGAUAUCCUGGAGAUUCACUUCCAGAAGCCCACCCGUGGGGGUGGAGAGGUGGAGGCCCUGACAGUCGUACCCCAGGGACAGAGGGGCCUGGCGGUCUUCACCGCCCAGUCGGGCUAGGAGCCUGCCCUUCUCAUCUGCCAAGGUUCUCAAACCAGGCUGGGGUUGGGUGCACGUGUAUGAGAGAGCUUAUGCUGGUCAACAGCGGGCAGGGAUUAUGAGUUGUGAAACGUUGCCCGGGAACAGUAAAAGUGCCUGCAUAGUGUGAUCUUCUUCCUCA